GUGUGCUGGGUCCAGGGGAGCUGCUCGGUGGCGGGGGCGCUUCGCCGUGGGGGUGGGGGGAAUGCAGUCUCUCGCAGGGCAGAUCGGGAGCGAAUGGUCCCUCCGGCCUCCGCCCCGCGGGGAGAAGUCGCAGCUGAGGAGGAGGCGCAGCCGCCACCGUCGAGCCAAGUCAGAGUCAGACCUGAGGGAUGUAGCCCCCCUCCCGGCUGGGGCCCAGCUAGCCCUGCGCGGUGCUUGGCCUGCGGAUCCCUCCAGGAAAGGGGGCUCAGCACGGCACUGCCUGGUGCAGAUGGAUACCAGGGACCGCGGUCCGCAGCCGGGACGAGGCGCGGGAAGGGAAGCGGAGCAGUUCCUGGGGUCAGGUCCGGGAGCCGGGACCCUAAAGGCCAGCUGGAUAGAGGCCAUGUGGGGCCUCUGCUUACACCUCUGGUUCUGGAGACGAGUUGCUGGAAUUUUGAUUGCUGUUCCUGUGAUUUUACUCUUGAUCUGGUUUAGCUGGAGUCUUCCCAUAUUGCCUCACCUGGAGCCAUGCCGUGAUGACUGGCUAUACUACAGAAAGAAAUGUUAUUACCUCUCAGAAGAUCAAGCAGACUGGGAUUCCAGUCAAAGCUUCUGCUCUGCACAUGGGGCUUCUCUUGCUGUGAUUGAAAGCCAACAAGAAAUGGUAAAGUUUCCAUCCUUCUGAUACAGCGUCUCUUCCCUUACUCCAAUGAUUCCUGUAAUUUCAUCACUCUUCCCCCUUCCUUCUCUCUCCCUUCCACCCCCACUCCCUAUACACCCUGGAAUAUCAGAAUAUGCUAGAAUCCAACAUAACAUGUGACAGAAUUGUUUGUCACUAACAAUGAAGUCAAAUCACAAACAUUAUGUUCAGUGACAUAUAGGUUGUUUUCCAUUAGCAUCCAUUACAGAAGCACAUUCAUGUUCUGAGAUGGGGUGGAAGGAGUUUUCAGAAAUUAAAACUGCAAAGUGGGCACGAAUUAAAAGU